AUGGCUCGGAUUCCAGGCAAGGCAAAUACGCCCUGGGAGGGUGGUGUCUACAAACUAAAGAUGUACUUCCCCGAGGAGUAUCCAUCCAAGCCACCGAAGUGCAAGUUCACGCCCCCCCUGUUCCAUCCCAACGUUUUUCCCUCCGGCACUGUGUGCUUGUCGAUUCUAGACGAAGAAAAGAGUUGGAAGCCAGCAAUUACGAUCAAGCAGAUCCUCCUCGGUGUGCAGGAUUUGCUCAACGAUCCCAACCCUGGCGAUCCCGCGCAAGCCGAUGCCUUUCACUUGUUCAAGCAGGAUCGCGCCGCAUACGAGCGCAAGGUCCGCCAGAUCGCGCGCGAGCUCCAGGCUCAAAACCAGGUAGCAUAG